CUGUCUGCAAGUUAAUUGUCAAAUGUGAAACUACUUCCGACUUCGUAAAUAAACUAAAUACGUUAGAAAUUGACAGUUUACGUUCAUAACCUUACUCUCGUUUGUCUCCUGGUGUUGAUAAAUAUUUUAGUUUUAUAAUUGAAUGAGCCGGUUAUUCUAUUGUAUCUUUCAAAACUAAUCGAUUAAUAAUAGCAGAAAUUAUUUGUAUAGAAAUUUGUUCACAUAUCCUAUUCCUUAUUAACGAUGAUUUGAAUAAUAUCGAUUUUGGGUAUAGGCUCUUUUGCUAUUUUUAAAACACGAUCCAAUUAAUCCAAGCUACCUGAAGAAUUACCUUGAACGAAGAUUAUGUGACUAUUUACUUGAGAAUAUGUGGAGUGUUCUGACUGUGAUUGUACUUCAGUUAAGUUAAAAAGAAUUGGUUAUAUAUUAUUUGUGCAACAAAACAUUUUACAUUUCAGUUAAUUAGUAGGCUUUAGUGUGUUUUAAAAAUUUAUUGACAUGAUUCCGAAGGUUGUAACUUUGGGAACAUUGUGUUCCGCAUUGUUUGUUUGUAUAUCAAUUUAUUUGAACAUAUCACCAGAUGAUGAAUUGAGUAUAAGGCUUAAAUAUGUUCUCCAAGGACUAAUUGAUGUUGAAAAUAAGUUUAAAAGUGAGAGUCCCAAAGUUGCUGUUGGGUAUGGAGCCUGUAAUGAUUUGUUUGUAGAAGGCAAACAGUUUUUGGAAUUUGAUACUAAUGUUAAACCAAAACAUUGUGAUGAAAUUAGCUCUGAAACUGACUUAAAAGAUACCUUUGCUUAUUUUUUUCGCCAUGGAGCAGCAGCUGAACGAUACAUGCCAAAUUCAACUCUUUUUGAUGAGCUUGUGAGUCGAGCCAGUGUGAUGGAUGGUGCUCACUUCUCUCUAGGUGGCAAUGCCCCUUUGAUGGCUCAACGGUUGAGCCAAGAAGGUUGUCAAGUACUUUUAGCUGCCACAAUGACUCCUAGACUAAGGCAUAGCAUUGCACCAAGCUUAAAAGUGGUGGGAGGCACAGCAGCUCGGGAUGAUGUCCAUCUCAUCCUGGAGUACAAGGCUGGGGACCUGUGGGGCCCUUAUACUGCACCACGGGCCAACAGGUUUAUAAUUCACAAUGAUAACAACAACCCUGUUAUUAGUUCAUUGGAAGAGUUCCAACAGGCACUUAAAUCAUUCAAUACCGACUUGCUUGUAGUCAGUGGACUUCAGAUGAUGGACAAUUAUCCGUUUGAAAAAGGUAAAUAAUAGUUUAUGUUAUAUGUUAAU